AUGGCGCGCCACGCGCUGCCCUUGGUCGUGAGCCUGCUCCUUGUGGCGGCAGCGCGACCCACGCUCGCCAAGGGCCGCAUCAUCGAGUGGCCCCUCCGGCUGCUGGACCAAUCCCAGCCGUCCUCGGCCGUUCUCGGGACCGACGGUGUGCCGGUCGUGGACCCCCCGGUCCACAGGGCGGGGUACUUCAAGCUGGACAACACCGUGGACGCCUCCCUGUUCUACUUCUUCUUCGAGAGCCGGUCGCAGGCGCCGGACGACCCGCUGGUGCUCUGGACCAACGGGGGGCCCGGCUGCGCCAGCGAGAUCGGCGUGUUCUUCGAGAACGGGCCGUACCGCCUGGAGGAGAACAUGACCCUGAGCAUCAACCCCUGGGGCUGGGACCUGGGGGCGAACAUGAUUUUCAUCGACCAGCCCGUUGGCACCGGGUUUUCGUACAGCAAUUCGUCCAAGGACGCGGUGCACAGUGAGGAGGGCGUGGCGGAGGACGUGCUGCACUUCGCGUGGGAGUUUCUGGCGGCGCACCCGGAGUAUGGGGACAGGGACUUUUACGUGACAGGGGAGUCCUACGGGGGACAUUACGUGCCGGCGAUCGCGCACAGGAUCUUCGAGGCCAACAACAACAAGGAGGGCCCCCACAUCAACCUGAAGGGCCUUGCGGUGGGAGACGGUCUCACUGACCCUGCCAUCCAGUAUGGAGCCUAUGGCGAGUAUGCCCUGCAGAAUGGCCUCAUCAACAGCUCCAUUGCCGAUGCCAUGGCCAAGGCCUACCCCCUGUGCGAGAAGGGCGCUGAAGCCUGCAAAGGGCCCGGCUCAUGGAUCUUUUGCUAUGCCGCGUUGGAGUACUGCCAGAUGACGCAGUUUGAGCCUGUCAUGGCAGCCAACCCUGGCAUCAAUCCAUACGACAUCCGGCGGCCCUGCGGCAAGAGCGCCCUGUGCUACCCUCAGGUCAGUCGCCUGGGCAAGUACCUCAACAUCCCCGAGGUGCAGAAGAAGCUGGGUGUGGACAGGCGCUUCGACGAGUGCAGCCAAUCGGUGCACCUGAGCAUGACGGGCGACUGGAUGCGCAACUUCGACACCACAUUGCCACCCCUCCUGGAAGCAGGCAUUAAGGUACUGAUCUACGUGGGUGACCAGGACCUGAUCUGCAAUUGGGUAGGCAACCGUGAGUGGGUGGACAAGCUGAGCUGGAGCGGCUCAGAGGAGUGGCAGGACGGAGAGGACAAGGAGUGGCUUGUUGGGGGCAACGCAGCCGGCAUGGCCAAAGCCGUGGGGCCGCUGGCAUUUGUCAAGGUGUACCAAGCGGGGCACAUGGUCCCCAUGGACCAGCCGGAGCAUGCCUGGAGCAUGUUUAACACGUUUUUGGAGGACGGCCCCUGGUACGCCACGGAAGAGGACCAUGGGCGGGAGCAGUAUGUCAUCACCUGA